GGACUAAUAAUCAUGAACUGAUGAGAGAGCAGAGGUAGAGCUGCUCCAGUCCGUGUGAUCUGUUGUUCAGAGUUACGAGUUACGAGUCUGCGGAAAUAGUGAACAGAAGAAACGUCGUCUUCAGCUUGAGGAAUGUCCGACGCAAACAAAUCUGCAGAGGAUGGAGGCUCUUUCUCUAAGGUUAUCAACAUUGUGUUUAUCAUCCUGCUGCUGGACCUGCUGGGAUUCACACUGAUCCUACCUCUACUCCCUUCCAUUUUGGACCAUUAUGCACAAACAGGGGAUGCGGUAUAUCAGUCUCUGCAGAGUAUCGUGGACUGGUUCAGGGAGGCUGUUGGGAUUCCUAUGGAAAAGAAAUACAACAGUGUCCUGUUUGGAGGUCUGAUCGGGUCACUGUUUUCGCUGCUGCAGUUCCUGUCAUCACCUAUAACCGGUGCUUUGUCAGACCAGCAUGGCAGACGGCCCCUGCUCCUUCUUACCACAUUAGGGCUGAUGUCCUCCUAUGCGGUGUGGGCAGUUUCCCGGAGCUUCAGCAUGUUCCUUUUGUUUCGGGUAAUUGGGGGCAUUUGUAAGGGCAACGUCAGCCUCUGCACUGCCAUCGUGGCCGACUUGCCUUGCCCGAAAGUGCGAAAUCGGGGAAUGGCUAUGAUUGGCAUCGCCUUCUCCUUGGGCUUCACCAUGGGGCCUCUGAUGGGGGCCUACUUUGCCAUCAGCUCCAGAGCAACAGGAAAUGUCUUCUACCAAACUCCAGCUCUGCUCGCCUUGGCCUUCAGUGUUGCUGAUUUGCUCUUUAUUUGGCUCAUGCUGCCAGAGACUCUCACAAAAGAUGUCAAGGCUUCGUCUUCAGGGUUCGGGGACUCCAGGGACCUCCUGAACCCGUUAUCUUUGUUCUAUUUUUCAGCUGUUACCAGGACAAAAGAUCCACCUUCCAAAGAAAAAAUGCAGAAGCUUCAAGUGUUGGGCCUGGUUUACUUCUGCUACCUUUUCCUGUUCUCUGGUCUGGAGUUCACGCUGAGUUUUCUGACUCACCAGCGCUUCCAGUUCACAAGUAUGCAGCAGGGAAAGAUGUUCUUCUUCAUUGGUGUCAUCAUGGCGUUGAUCCAGGGGGGAUACGCUCGCAGAAUCAAACCUGGGCACCAUAUCAAGGCUGUUCGUGUGGCAAUCAUAACAUUAAUCCCAGCAUUUAUUCUCAUUGGGUUAUCAUGGAAUAUAACAAUGCUUUACAUCGGCUUGGCGUUAUACUCCUUUGCGGCUGCAAUAGUCGUUCCAUGCCUGUCAACACUUGUUUCUGACUAUGGCUCUGCCAGUCAGAAAGGCACAGUGAUGGGGAUCCUGCGCAGUUUGGGUGCCUUAGCCAGAGCACUAGGACCAGUUGUAUCUUCGUCUGUUUACUGGAUCGCUGGAGCACAGACCUGUUUCCUCAUCACUUCAGCCUCUUUCAUUGUACCCCUCACUCUCUUGAGCACAGCCAGGAGGCUAAAGGAGGAGUGAGCAGUGCAAAGACUUGAACAGACUUUAAAAGGACUGAUUGCAGAGACAUUCUGAUACUUCGCUGCCUAAAUGAAUGUUAUGGUGUCUGCUGGGAAAGCGAGCACUCAAUUAUUCCUAACAUCAUCAUUAACAAUCAUGAGAAGAUGUAAAGUAUAUGUUGUGUGUGUCUCUGCUGCUGGCCAAGGAUCAAGACAUGAAACAAAAUAAUGCAAGAAGACAAUGCACAUGCCAGAACCAAAGCGGGAUUGAUGCGAGGAAAGUCAUUGUAUAAGCGUGAAAUAUAUGACCUAAUGCCUUUUAUAUGCACAUUUAAACCUGUGCAUAUUAUGGACAGCAUGGGUUGGGGUGGGUAACAAUUUACAUUUACACUUGUGGAACAUAUUUUUCAUUUGAUAUCUUAUGUAAAGACUAUACACAAAGGUUGACAGCACUGGAACAUAAUCAAGGUGGUAGAAAGUAUUUAAGUGCAUUUACUCAAGUACAACUUUGAGGUACUUGUACUUUACUUCAGUAUUUCCAUUUUUUGCUACUUAACACUUUUACUCCAUACAUUUUACUCCACAAUAUGUCUUCAGUGCCAGUGGUUGUUUUGCACCUACAACAAGAUCAAUGAUCCAGUUGUAGAAUAAGAAGCGUUUUUAUAGAUUAAACUACUCAAUAUAAGAUACAAAUGAGUAAAAAUAUUCUCUACCUAAAGAGCUACAACAUUAGAAUACUGUUUAAUCCAAACGUAAGGGCAUGAGGGCAUAAAUGAUGGUUUUCUUUUGAUACUAUGAAUACAUUUUUUUACUUUGAAUAAAAAUUGAUGCAUU